CCGCUUCCCGAGCUGUGCUAUGUUUGAAUCGCUACGGACGAAAGAUGCCGUUGUGGUCCCCCUUGACCGUUGUUGGUUGUUGCUCUUUGCUCUUUGUUCGCGAGUACUAGCAAAUCGCUUCAUCAAUAAGCUCUACACGUACAACUUCCUGACUUAUACAACGAACUCACAUCAGCGGCUGUCAAGUCUUUUUAGAUAAAUAUUCAAAAAGACAUUCAAAAUGGUCAAAGUUCUACUGGUCCUAUACGAUGGAGGCAAGCAUGCCGAAGAGGUGCCCGAGCUACUGGGAACGACCGAGAACGAACUUGGUAUCCGGAAAUGGCUCGAAGAUCAAGGUCACACACUCGUUACCACAUCCGACAAGGAGGGCGAGAACUCCACCUUCGACAAGGAGCUCGUAGACGCUGAGAUCAUCAUUACUACUCCCUUCCACCCAGGCUACCUAACCGCCGAGCGAUUAGCUAAGGCCAAGAACCUGAAGCUCGCCAUCACUGCCGGUAUUGGGUCCGACCAUGUGGACCUCAACGCGGCAAACAAGACGAACGGCGGUAUCACGGUGGCCGAAGUGACAGGCUCCAACGUCGUGUCCGUAGCAGAGCACGUGGUGAUGACGAUCCUAGUCCUAGUCCGCAACUUCGUGCCGGCGCACGAGAUGAUCGAGGCCGGCGAGUGGGAAGUCGCCGCCGCCGCCAAGAACGAGUACGACCUGGAGAACAAGGUUGUCGGCACAGUCGCCGUCGGCCGCAUUGGCGAGCGUGUCCUACGCCGUCUCAAGGCCUUCGACUGCAAGGAGCUCCUAUACUACGACUACCAGCCCCUGAAGCCCGAGGUCGAGAAGGAGAUCGGCUGCCGCCGCGUCGACAGCCUCGAGGAGAUGCUUGGCCAGUGCGAUGUCGUCACCAUCAACUGCCCUCUGCACGAGAAGACCCGCGGCCUGUUCAACAAGGACCUCAUCGCCAAGAUGAAGCCUGGCUCGUGGCUGAUCAACACUGCUCGCGGCGCCAUCGUCGUGAAGGAAGACGUAGCCGAGGCGCUCAAGACGGGCCACCUACGAGGCUACGGAGGUGACGUGUGGUUCCCUCAGCCGGCGCCCAAGGACCACGUGCUGCGAUACGCCAAGAACCCGUUCGGCGGCGGCAACGCCAUGGUGCCGCACAUGUCGGGCACGUCUAUCGACGCGCAGAAGCGCUACGCCUCCGGCACCAAGGCCAUCCUCGACAGCUACCUGUCCGGUCGCCACGACUACCGCAUCGAAGACCUCAUCGUCAAGGACGGCGACUACGUCACCAAGGCCUACGGCCAGCGAAGCAAGUAAACUACUUAAACCCAAGCUUAAAAAACGCGGAUGGCGUGGCAUGGCUACCCAGCUGUCCGGAGAUGUCUAAUUAUCUAACCUAUACUUUUUUUGUAUGACACUUUACUACUACUACUACCUAUUACUAAGUCACAGUCAUCAUUAUUGGAAUGAGAUGAUGGGAAGGAUGAUAGCCGGUUGGUUUCCCGGCUUACAGAUAGUUGUAUUGACGGGCAAGGCUAUAUGGACCUAUGAAUCGCUCGACUGGGGCGGAUAUGGCUAGGUUAGAUAAGUCAGUAUUACAUAUAUAGCAUAGCCAAUGUUUUGAACACGACCAACUUCUGAAAGUCUUUUACGUAAGUUAUCUAUGUAAUAA